AUGGACAUGACCAGCGUGUGCGUGUGCCGCCGCCAAGCCGACGCCACGGCUCCUCUCCCAACGUCCCUGCGCGCGCCCAAGCCGCCCAUCCAAGCACAGAGCACCGAAUCUCGCUACUGCUACGCCCACACUGACUCUCCCGCGCCCAUCUGUCCCACGCAAACACCUACUGACGCCGCCUCCAAGGAGAAAAAAAAAAGACAUAUCCCCCCUCACAGGUCAGCAUAUGGAGCCCAUGGCAAGCGUGCAAGCAAAGACGCCCAUGCAUCGCCGCCAUGCCAUGGACAUGUCCAUUUCCAUUCCGUUCCCUUUCACCCGCCCUCUAGCGUCGUCGCACUCGCUUCUCCCUGUCACGUUGCAUCCACACUACCACUACCACUACCACUGCCACUACGCCAGGCACAAUCAGCCUCAAACCCCCUUCCCAUCCGCCGCAAAGCGAUCAUAAUGUCCGCCCCCUGUCCUUAG